GAAUCAUACAAUUAGCAGCUGCUUUUAGAAGAAUACCUUCUAGCAACAAUUUCCAUUCUUUAGUUAUUGCAGCAUUCAAUUGUCAGGGUCUACAAAAAGAAAAAUUUCGUGAUAUUUGUGAACUAGCAGUUAAUUACUACAAAGAUUUACAUCAUAGUAAAAAAGAAUGUUGUGAAUUAAUAG